AUGGCCUCCUUCUUCCCCAGCAGGAUGCUGACUGCCGAGGAGCCCAUGGAGCCUGCAGAGACCGGCUGCCCGGAGGAGGGCGGUGGGCCUGGGGCUGACCCCGAGGACAUAGCCGUGCUUUCCGGGGAGGACGGCCGGGCUGAGCAGAUGCUGAAAUGCCGGGUCUCCCGUGGCAGCGGGCUGGAGGGUGCUGCGGGAGAGGCUCGCGAGCCGGCGGAGCGGCGCCAUCUGAGAGCUUGUCUGUCCUUCUCUCCCCCACCCCGUGCCCUCUGUGCCCCCCGGAACCAGCGGCUGCGGCAGCAGGUGACCCGGCUGCACGAGGCGUUCAGGAGCCAGGAGUCCCGGUGGGCCGCGGCUCAGCGCCAGCUCCAGAGCCAGAUAGACGCUCUCGCGCGACAGAACCAGGAGCUCCGGGAUGGACUGAAGGCCCUGGGGCCGCUGCGGCUGGGAGCCAGGGAGGCCGACUCAGCGGCCCUGGGCACCAGAAGGAAGCCGGACGCUCUGGUGUCGCAAUCUGCUUUUGGGAAAACGUUACCACUGUCAACUGAUGAAGAAAUAUUAGUGAAACACGCAGGCCGCAGAAGUCGUAGUGCUACUGUCAUAGGACAAGGACAGUCAUCUAAACAUCUCCCUUCUUCCCAGGCCACACGCCGGUCCUCCCGAAGACUGCAAGAACCGAGUAGCCUAAACCCGCCAGAGCCCGCCGCGGGUGUUGUCAGGCUCAAGGAGGACCGCCCAGCAGCUGAGGAAAAUGGCAUGCGUUCACAGCCUUGCAUGGGUCCUGAGGGCAGGCUUCUCAACCCAGAGCAGACUGAUGGGUCUGCCCACUCCCUGCUGGGCACUGCCAAGCCACAGAAUCCUCCUGUAGAUCCAGGACCUUCCCACAUGGACCCCGAGAUAAAGCAGGGGGACAAAGAAGAAGAAACGCGGACCCCGGCCGGUGAGGUGGCUCAGGCACUUGGUGACGGCCGUGAAGCCAUCACCUUUUCGAAGGGCACCGGCAAGGACAGGGGGGCCGGCAAGAAGACCACCAUCCUGCGGUUUUUAAACGGGGACAUGAAGAAGAUCCUGCCAGAUCGGAGAGUGGUUUACUAUUAUGCAGACGCUCAGAUAAUGCGCACAACCUAUCCCAGCGGUUUGGACAUCGUGCGGUUUCCUGACAAGCAGACAGAAAAAUACCACCCUGAUGGUUCAAAGGAAAUCGUGUUUCCGGACGGGACAGUGAAACGUCUGAGUGAC